AUGCACCUGCACGCGCGGUACUGUGGUCUGCGCUGGCCGGAUGGAUCUUCGCGUCGACAUCGUCGAGACGAGGCUCUGCCUGGACCAUCGCAGGAGGCCACCAGGUAAGUUCCCCCUCAGGUAAGUGCGCUUGCUUUGUUUCUUCCUUUUGUUUGUUGAAGUUCCGCGUCGUAUGCUGCUCUUGCUGCCUGCCCUCUGUAUGCUAGUCUGUCUGUUAAUAGCUAGACGAAACCCUCGCUGCCUGCUACGACUGUCUGUCUGUCAGUCUAUGCCACUCUCUACUAAUAGCUAGGUGUUACGGUGCUUGACUUUGUGUGGUGCCCUCUCACUUCUGUCUCUGACUGAUGACUGUGUCUGUCUGUCCACUCUAGCUAGCUAGCCCCAUAGCGUUUGGUUGUGUGUAUGCUCUCUCCUACUUCACUCCAUCACAUCACCAUCGCCACCAAGGUCCCAGGCUAAUUCGGGUCGUUCUCUCACUAACAAAAAGUCGUGGCCCAUAGUGGAGUCCGGCAGCCGUCUGGGAUAACCGGGCAGCCCUGUUCAGGGAUGCGUUGCCUGCCCCCGCGAGGGGGAGGGGGCUAGAAAAGGUGCCCUAAAGAUCGCUGGGAACCACGCUGUCUGUAGGCUGGCCGUGGCCGCAGACAAAAAACACACGGUCGAAACAGCCAAAACCGAAACAACAACAACAACAACAACAAUCACUCUCUUCCUCCUCCAGCCUAUUCUUCUUCUUCUCCUACUCCUACUUUUCGCCGCCGCAGUCGCCAGACUGGCAGGGUGAGCCCGCUCACUCUGGCAGCCUGGAAUGUUCGUUCCCUUUUAGACAAUCCGAGGAGCAACCGACCGGAACGGAGGACGGCGCUAGUGGCACGAGAACCGGCGCGCUACAAGGUGGACAUCGCCGCACUCAGCGAGACCCGAUUCUCUGAACAAUGCCAAAUGGAGGAGGUGGUUGCCGGUUACACCUUCUUCUGGAGUGGUCGACCCAAGGCAGAGCGACGAGACGCGGGUGUCGUCUUCGCCAUCCGGAACGACAUCAUGGGACGACUGCCCUGUUUGCCGCAGGGCAUCAACGAUCGCAUGAUGAGCCUCCGUCUGCUUCUGCGGGGUGGGGGAAAAUUCGCCACCAUCAUCAGCGCCUACGCUCCGCCGAUGAGCAGCCCCGACGCCGCCGCAAGAGACAAAUUCUAUGAGGACCUGCACACCCUCUUGGCGACUGUGUCGAAGGCGGACAAGUUGAUUGUCCUUGGUGACUUCAGCGCCCGCGUCGGCACAGACCAUACUGCCUGGAGAGGAGUGCUGGGUCCCCACGGUCUCCGCGGCUCAAACGACAAUGGUCUGCUGCUCCUCCGCACCUGCGCAGAACACCGCCUCAUCCUGACGAACACGUUCUUCUGUCUGCCGGAGGGAGAGAAGGCCACCUGGAGGCAUCCUCGGUCGCGUCAGUGGCACCUGCUGGACUAUGUCCUCGUCCGGAGGCGAGAUCAGCGGGACGUGCUGGUGACGAAGUCGAUCGCGGGUGCUGACGCGUGGACCGACCAUCGCCUCGUCAUCUCGAAGAUGCGUAUUCGCCUACAGCCUCGCAGGAGACCAAAAAGUAAGCACUCCCUAGGUAAGCUGAAUGUUGCUUUGUUGUCUUUGCUCGCUCACUGUCUCCAUUUCAGCAAUGAGAUAGCUCAACGGCUAGACAACCUCCCCAUCGCCGAUGCCGCCGCUGCCGAGAACGCCUCCGUGGGGAACCGCUGGUGUCAACUGCGAGACACGGUCCAGUCGACGGCGCUCGCCGCCAUCGAGCGUUUGCCGCAAGUGGAGACCUACGUGGACCUUGACCUCCCGCCAUUUCUCCAGGAGACCACCAGCGCCGUGCAGCAACUCUCCAGCGGGAAAGCACCCGGAUCGGACGCUAUCCCUGCUGAGGUCCACAAGCACGGAGGUCCCCAACUGAUGGAUCAGCUGACUGCGCUCUUCCAGAUGUGGCGUCAAGGUGAAGUCCCGCAAGAUUUCAAGGACGCAACUAUCGUGCGCCUAUACAAUCGAAAAGGGAACCGCCAAGUCUGCGACAACCACCGCGGCAUCUCCCUACUGAACAUCGCCGGAAAGAUCUUCGCUCGCAUCCUGCUCAACCGCCUCAACAACCAUCUGGAUCAGGGCCUUCUGCCGGAAAGCCAAUGCGGCUUCCGUCGUCAUCGUGGGACCACGGAUAUGAUCUUCGCAGCCCGCCAACUUCAGGAGAAGUGCCAGAAGAUGCGGACCCACCUGUACUCUACCUUCGUGGACCUGACGAAAGCCUUCGACACGGUGAAUCGUGAAGGACUGUUGAAGAUCAUGCAGAAAUUCGCUGUCCGGAGCGAUUCACUCAGAUGGUGCGUCAGCUGCACGACGGUAUGAUGGCGCGAGUCACGGACAACGGAGCUGUCUCAGAGGCAUUCGCAGUAAUCAACGGAGUGAAGCAUGGCUGUGUGCUUGCGCCUACCCUCUUCAGUCUUAUGUUCUCUGCCAUGCUGAUGGACGCCUACCGCAACGAAAGCCCUGGAAUCCGCAUCGCCUACAGAACGGACGGUCAUCUCCUGAAUCACCGGCGCAUGAACUUCCAAUCGCGUGUAUCCACAGCCACCGUGCACGAACUCCUCUUCGCCGACGACUGCGCCCUGAACACCACCUCCGAAGCGGAGAUGCAACGGAGCAUGGACCUGUUCUCAACCACCUGCGAGAUAUUCGGUCUGGUCAUUAACACGCAGAAGACGGUGUUGAUGCACCAACCGCCACCCAACUCAGCCACAGCCCCCAACGCGCCGCCGCAAAUCAGUUUGAACGGAACCCAACUGCAAGUGGUGGAGAACUUCCCGUACCUGGGCAGUACCCUCUCCCGCAACACCAAGAUUGAUGACGAAGUCGCCAACAGGAUCUCGAAAGCCAGUCAAGCCUUCGGACGCCUCCGAAGCACAGUCUGGAAUCGCCACGAUCUCCAACUGAGCACAAUGCUGAAGAUGUACAAGGCCGUCAUCCUGCCGACGUUACUGUACGGAGCAGAGACAUGGACGGUGUACACGAGACAGGCACGCCGACUGAACCACUUCCACCUCAGUUGUCUCCGUCGCAUCCUGAGGCUGAACUGGCAGGAUCGAAUCCUCGACACGGAAGUACUGGAACGAACGGGAAUCCCCAGCAUCUACGCCAUACUGAAACAAAUGCAGCUGCGCUGGAGCGGCCACCUGGUGCGCAUGGACGACGAGCGACUACCCAAACGACUCUUCUACGGAGACGUCGCGACGUAUUCUCGCCGUCAAGGAGGCCAAAUUCGCCGUUACAAGGAUACCCUGAAGUCCUCCCUGAAGCGUCUGCAAAUCAACCCGACCAACUGGGAAGAGCUCGCCCGCGAUCGUCCGGCAUGAAGGAGAACAGUGAAGACCGGGCUGCUAUCCACGAAGCCAACCGCAUCUUUGCCGCCAAAGCGAAACGCGAAGCCCGCAAAUCACAACUUCGCCUAGUACGCAACGCCGCCGCACAACCGUUUCCAACGUGUCCUAGAUGUCAACGGACAUUCCGGCCUCGAAUCGGACUUGUUGGACAUCUUCGGACCAACUGCGCCUCUCGAACUGCUCCAGCCAUUGUCCCCCCGCCCGCCUCUUCCUCCCCGCCGCCGCCAACUAACCCUGACAAUUCUUCUGAACCACCACUUCCAUCCUCCUCCUCCUCCUCUUCCCCCACCUUCCCAGCGGCGGCCGCUCAGGCGGCCGUCUCGCACAUCAACCCCGACACAACAACCGACACCAGCCCCACCUCUCCCGAUUCCAGUGAUGAGGAUCGGGACUACACCUGCCCUCACUGCGAUCGCACCUUCAGCUCACGCAUCGGCCUGGUCGGCCACUUGCGAAUCCAUCACACAGAGACUGGCGAACCAGUGCCUGGAGCACCAACCUACACCCACCGCACUCGCCUCCACUGCCCACAAUGCCCUCGCACCUUCACGCAUCGCAUGGGUCUAUUCGGCCACAUGCGCAUCCAUGAGAGCGGCCUUGACCGCAACCUCGACACACCCACCCCGCCGAGCCCCACUCCCAAUCCAUCAUCUUGCGCACGCACCAACCACUCCUCAACCGACAUCAACGCCACCGACACUACCACCCCUCGCCCCUCCCCGUCCUCCUCUUCUUCCUCCUUCACUGCCACAACGACGGCCACUCCGGCGUCUGUAGCGCACGACUCCAUCUCAGCCGCACCUGACACAACAACAGGCACAACCCCUGCAACCUCCAUCAUCAGAGGUGAGGGCCAGGACUACAUCUGCCCUCACUGCGAUUGCACCUUCACUUCUCGCAUCGGCCUGCUAGGUCACUUGCGAAUCCAUCGCACAGAGACUGGCGAACCAGUGCCUGGCGCACCAACCUACACCCACCGCACUCGCCUCCACUGCCCACACUGCCCUCGCACCUUCAUGCAUCGCAUGGGUCUAUUCGGCCACAUGCGCAUCCACGAGAGCGGAAUUGACCACAAUUCCGAUACACCAACCAAGCCCAUCAUGCUCAGCACCACCCUCCCACCAUCCGUCUGCACCACCACCAACGCCUCCUUUGUGGCUGACACUGACACCGCCGAAUUCACAUGCCCACACUGUCCACGCACAUUCACCUCUCGCAUCGGCCUGAUCGGUCACUUGCGAAUCCAUCGCACAGAGACUGGAGACCCAGUGCCUGGAGCACCAACUUACACCCACCAAGCUCGACUCAACUGCCCACACUGCCCUCGCACUUUCAGGCACCGCACGGGUCUAUUCGGUGACAUGCGCAUCCACGACGGCCUGCGGUACACAACCGCCGGUUAA